AAUCAUCGAAAAUCAUUUGCAUGACACAUAUUUUCCCCAUAUUUAUUAGUUUUGAUAAAAUUUAUUUCGUUUACAUUCCACAUCCAUGGCACUGGAGGGCAUAUGCGGCGUCGAUCGAUGGCCCUUCAUGCGGCGCUUCGACCAUUUGCAGACCGAGUGGCAGAAGGAGCAGCUGCGGGAAGCCACCAGCAACUUUGAGAAUCCCUACGCCCUGAUGGCGCCACCCUACGAAGAUCCGGUGGGGAAUUUACCCAAAAUUCUGGCCCACUGUGGGGUUAAGAUGGACUUUGCCCACGGCACAACCACCCUGGGAUUCAGGUACCAGGGCGGGGUGGUGCUCUGCGCGGACUCGAGGGCCACUUCGGGACAGUACAUCGGAUCGCAGACGAUGAAGAAGAUCGUCGAGCUGAACGACUACAUGCUGGGGACCCUGGCCGGCGGAGCGGCCGACUGUGUCUACUGGGACAGAGUGCUGGCCCGGGACAGUCGGCUGCACGAGCUGCGCUUCAAGCGGCGCCUCUCCGUGGACGCGGCGGCGCGGAUGAUCGUCAACAUCUCCGCCGAAUACAAGGGCAUGGGCCUGGUCAUGGGCAUGAUGCUGGCCGGCUACGACGACGAGGGUCCCAAGCUCAUCUACGUGGACUCGGAGGGGAUGCGCUGCCACGGCAAUGUCUUUGCGGUGGGCAGCGGCUCGCCCUACGCCCUGGGCGUCCUGGACACGGGGCACCGCUUCACAAUGACCGACCAGGAGGCCUUUGAUCUGGCCAGGCGUGCCAUCUACCAUGCCACCAGCAAGGACGCCUACUCGGGCGGAAUUGUCCGGCUGUACCACAUCAACGAAAAGGGCUGGCGCAACGUGUCCAAUACGGACUGUUCGGAGCUCUACUGCAAUGACUACUGCAAGGAUGAUCACUCGUGCGAUGAUGCCGGGCUGGGUGAUGCGGGCUGCUGUAACCACGAAAUUCCCUGUUCGAGUGGCUGCCAGCGACAGAAGGAGGUGCCGGAGAACGAGGUCUCGGUGCAGGUGGCAGACGUCACCCAAGAGGGGAACUAAGCCCAUAUUUUCCUGUGUACGAGAGCCUUUGUGUAUUCCUGAUUCUGGAUACUUGAUUAGAUUACCCUAUACAUAGGUAUGUAUAGAUGGUAUUGUUUUUUGGUGGUUCUGCGGAUGUUGUCUGUUCUCCGAAUCCAGUUUCUGUUCCGCCAUCAAAUGCAUGAAGUCAUUUCAAAGUUGCUCCUUUAGUCAGGAUGUUGGCCCUCUCUCUCCGCCUUUGCACCUUCGCACGAGCAACUUUCGCUCGCUAAAGCAACUUUUUCUAUAAAUCAAAAUAAUAACUUCUAAGCUCCGAAUGACUUCCCCUAAAUGGGCGUUCCACACACAGCACACACACACCCAUAGAUAGGUGUCCCCCUGGACGGAAGCAUGCGAUAAAUUUAAUAAAUUACAAACCAAA